UCGCGUCAGCCCUGCACGGAGCAUACUCGCGGUCAAGAGCAUUCCGCACCAGACUGACCACGCGCCAUGCCCCGCGCUGCCUAUCAUGGCUGGUUUAGUGGUAUCCUCGGGUUGCUAGGCGGUCCACCAGACAGGAGGAGAAGAGAUUCGCAUGCGUCCACCCGAGCUCAUAAUAUCCCGCUCAGAAUCAUAGCACUGGCCAGGAGAAGGCCCUACUGCUUCGCCGUUGCGCUACUCAUUGGAGCAUACACCCUCCUUGCGCUUUAUCUGCGCUACGUGACGGUGGAAAAAAUAUGGAUCCCGCCGUUCACCGUCCUUGGUCCUCCGACGCUCGCAUUUGACGUCCGCGACCUGAAGAGCAUAUGGCAGUGGGAGGUUGCUGCCGGGCAUUAUCCCUCGGCUCAUUCAGUACCAUCGUACAUAGGCUCGGACGUGCUCAGAAACCCGGCGCGUCCUACUAGGAAUAGUGACUACGCCAGUACUGCUGGGGUGGGCCCACCAUGGAUUUACGUAACCCCGAAUCUUUCGCACGCCAACAUCGCAUAUCCCUCGAGACCUGUCCCAGGCAGCGCGGCUGAUCUCGACAUUGUCGUGCGGCACUGUGAUUUCUCCGUCGGAAAGUACGUGCGGGACUGCCUCAAAUUACUGCGCAACGGGGCAGAGCUUGACGUGGCAUCUCGCCGCGUCAGAGGAGGGGCUUCUGAGCAGUUCCGGUACAUCUAUGUUACUGACUCUGCAAAGAGUGGUGGACACUCUCGUGAGGCGCAGAACGAGACGACCCAGGUCCAUGACCGCGAGAGCCACUAUAACGGCCGGCGAGCAGGCCUCUCAAAGUCACGCCUUACGCUUCCCCCUCUCCCGACCAUAAGCACGCAUGACCCAUGCCAUAGCGUUGACCGCCGCAUUUUUCACAUGUUUUGGACGGGUCCAUUCACGGACAAGCCCUACAUGGCGCUCCUCUCUUUCCUCUACACGCAGAACCUCGGCUUACAUGUUCCACCUGAACACUCCCUGCCAACCUGCAGGACAGAAAUGUGGGUCUGGAUCACGCAGCCGGACUGGGCGCGCUACAAGCGCGCGACAUGGGAGAAGCGAAUGCACAAUGAGCUGAAGACGAACCCGUGGGCGUCAGUGUUCUUGCACCCGCGGUUCAGCCAGGUUAUCCAGUUCAAGGUCUGGGACGCGGUGGAACAACUCGACGCUACCGACGAGCUGAAGGACGAGUGGAGGAGAUACAUGCACAUGGUCUUCAAGUCCAAACUGCCCCGGGACCGCGAGACCGUCGAGACGCCGGAAGACGUUGUGGGGGACGGCGAAGAUGACAUUGGCCUUCCUGACAGCGGCACUGCCCUCGUCAACCGCUCACCCCAGUCCGCAGACGCGUACGACAAGCCGUCCGUCGCGCUGUCCGACCUCGUGCGCUUCGUACUCUGCCACCGCUUCGGGGGCGUGUAUCUCGACGUCGACACGCUCCUCCUGCGCGACUGGGAGGAGCUCUGGGGCGCGCCAGGCGCAUUCGCGUACCGCUGGUCGCGCCUGGAGCGCUACAACACCGCCGUGCUCCGCAUGCACCGCCAGAGCGCGCUCGGGACGUGGCUCCUGCGCACUGCGCUCCAGAGCGGACUCGACUUUCACCCGAUCCGCGUCUCGCGCUACCUCGAGGACGCGCAGAUGGAGGGCCUCCUCCAGCGGUUGCCCGACGCGCUGUUCGACCCUGCGUGGCUGAUGGUCGAGGGCUUCCAUACCGAGCGGCCGCCGCAGCCGCUCCUCAACACGUUCGACGAUUUCUUUAAGACGCCGCCGCGGCUCGGUGCAAGCCCCGAGGCUCUUGGGUUCGACGGCUUUUACAAAGGAGCGUUUUCCUACCACUAUCACAACAGAUGGUGGACGCCAUUCGACCCCGACCGCAACUAUCCUGACGUUGGUCCGCGCUUUGGUAGUGACCAGUCGCCAUCUACUGAGCACCCGCCAGAGGCGGUGCAUGAACUUAGCUGGUCGGCCGUCAUAAAACGAACUUUCGAAGCCUACAUCCGCGGAGAACAGCCGAACAUGUACGGCGAGCGAUUGUACUGGUAG